AUGGAAGAACAAGCCGCCGAGGAACGAGUGGUUAAGGUCAUCAGAGAGAACCCGAAAGCCACACGCAAACAACGUGACAGAGCAGCAAGAGCCUUUGAACUGCCCACAGACCCUGUCGUUUCUCAGCAGUCCCAGCACCAAGAGCCCUUGAACUGCGAGCAGACCCUACCGUCAGUCCCUGAUCACAGCCCCAAGAUGCCGCGAGGUCUCGUGCUUCUCAUGGUCGCCGCGGCGGCAGCGUCGGCGCAGGCCGCCGAUUCGCCUUGCUAUUCGGUGAUGUUUAAUGCCAGGGAUGCUGUGUAUGCAAAGGGGGUGCCUGCUUGCUUGCCACAGUACACUGCGGAUAUUGCAAAAUAUAAUGCAAACCCGAACUGCGCAACCUUUGCUAAAUCGCCCGACAUGGAUACAUGCGAUUCAAUCGUUGCUAACUUCUCGAAGUGCCUUGUGAAAGCCGUCAAUCUUCUGAAGGCAGACAACACGUUCGACGACGCGGCCUUCAAAGCAACCACAUUGCAGAACAAAUGCAGCGCUGACGCCAAGUUCAUAUCCGUGUACCCAACGUGCAAGAACUCCACCAUGAAAUAUUUGAACUUGAUCCGACUCAUCAAUUGUAUCCAUAAUAAUUUAUAUGGAUACGUAAUAUCACGACAGAACAUGGACGGGUGAUAUCAAGGAAGAAUUGAAAUGAGCCAGAAGAAGACGAACUGAGCAUCAGAAGACUCUUCUUCUUCUUUCGUAACCCAUUCAUUUCCGCUUAGAUGGAUUGGUGAUCAGGAAGUUGUAAUUUCUGCAAUUUUGAUAUCGGGAUUUCUUAGAUUAUGUUUGUGGUUGCGUGUUUUAAUCUUUGGUUUACGGUUUUUUACAAUCGAGUUUUACCCUAUCUUCCCCAUAAAAUAAAGAUUCAGCAAAAGGAUGGUUGGACAUAUUUACUAUACCCUUAUUAUUGUAUAUUUAUACGUUUGCAUACAUUAUUCACGAGUUAUAGUGCCAGUUUCUGGGAUAUAAUAUACAUUUAUAAUGUAACAAUA